AUGUUUAAAUCGACUGGUAGACAAUGUCCGCAUGAAGUUCAAGUAAAACAAACGACAGCAGAAUGUGGUGUAAAGUUUAAAUGUCCUAUAUGUGGUGAAAUAUUGUAUAUCACACCUGAAAAUGGCGAAUUAAAUAAUCGAACAAAUGAACUACGAGAAUCACUUGAACUAUUACCAUCUCUUGUUCCAUUACGCAUUCGAUGUCAUCAAAAACUUGAUGAAUGGAAAGAUAAUAUAAUUGAAAGUAUCUACGAAAUACAUCGAUCAAAAUUUAAUGAAAUCAAUUCUAUUUAUGAAGAACUUGCUGAAGAAAUAAUCAAAUUUAAAGCAAAAAGUGUUCGUGAAUUAGAUAUGCCAAUGAGAGAUUGUAAACCAGAAAAUUUUGAAAAUAUUCAAGAUGAAAUCAAUCGAUUUAAAAAUAAAACAUUAAUGGAUGUUGUUUAUGAAAAGAUACCAAUAUAUGAUAAAUUAAAAAUAACAACAAUUAAAAGUAAACAAAAGGAAAAUCAAUUUGAUUUAACAUGUUUAAAACCGAUAAAAACAAUACCAUUACGAACAACAAGUACAUGUUUGGUAUCAUCUGGAUUAUAUUUAUUAAUUAAACAAACUGAACAAGUUUGUGUAAUAUUUGAUCAAAAUGAUAAUAAAAUACAUGAAUUCAAUACGACUGAUAUUAUCUACGAUUUAUGUUGGUCAUCGUACAUGAAUAUGUUUCUUGUUUUAUGUAAAAGUUUAUUAUUAACAUGUGAUCCAAAUCGAACAUUUCAAUUGAAUAUUGUCAGAGAAAUGAAUGCUAGCACGAAAUGUAGAGAAAAUGAUCCCUGGUCAAUUAGUGUUCAUAAUUCAGAUGCAUAUGUUGUCUAUAGUAGUGGCAUAAUUCAUCGAUUUAAAAUAUCAAAUUGGGAAAUAAUUGAUCAAUGGUCUUCGAACGAAAUAUUGAAGAAAACAGAUUAUGCUGUUUGUUCUAUUAGAAAUAAUGGUACCUAUUGUGGUUUGUUAAUUCUUCAAAAAGAUCUUCAUUGGAGAAUUGAUUUGUUCGAUUUUGAUAUGGUGCAACAACGCUAUGGUUUACCCAUUGAUCAAGCACCAGAUGAAUGUUCUCUGUGGGUAAAUUUAACAGUAUUACACAACGAUGAAUGGUUAUUUUGUAAUAAGUAUUCAAACAAGGUCUAUUUAAUCGAUAGUGAGGGUAAAAUCAAACAAAUUGGUAAAAAUUGCACCGGCGCUUGUUUGAUGAAUGAUCAAUGUGUAGGAAUUGUUACAACGGAGCCACAGUUAGAAAUUAUUAAAUUAUAA